AUGGGAUUUUUAAGUUUCUGUUUUACUUUAUAUUUCAAGAGAGAGACAUGGAAUGAUCCGGAAGAAAGUUAGUCAGACUUUCAUGGCGAUCAAAACGUGUCCUGGUUGAGCCACUAUUUACACACACCUGUAUUUUAUUAUAUUCUAGCCGCUGCAUUGGUUCCUGUAAAUUUCUUCUCUUUGUUCCUUUUUUUUAUAUAUAUUUUGUUUCUAUUCAAGUCUAGCCAUACUCAUAACUCAUUAGCCAUGGCCGACUCCCCAUUGCUGGAAUGUAUCGAGAAUAGCAGUGAAACAACAUGGGUAUCUUUCUUUCGGGAAGUGAAAGUUGUUGGGUUCUUAGCAGCUCCAUUGGCUGCUAUCAAUCUCUCUCAGUUCUUGAUUCAGACUGGUUCUUUGAUGUUGGUGGGUCAUCUCGAUGAACUCUCUCUCUCCAGCACCGCCAUAGCCAUCUCUUUAGCUGCUGUUACUGGAUUCAGUGUGCUUAUAGGUAUGGGUAGUGCCCUUGAAACUCUAUGUGGGCAGGCUUAUGGGGCUGGACAAUAUCAAAAAUUUGGAAAUCAUAUUUACACUGCUAUGGUAUGUCUCCUAGUAGUUUGCCUCCCAAUAACUCUGUUAUGGAUCAACAUGGGGAAGCUACUUGUUUUGGUUGGCCAAGAUCCUUUGAUAUCACAUGAAGCUGGGAGGUUCAUGAUUUGGCUUAUUCCUGGGCUCAUUGCUUAUGCAUUUCUUCAGCCACUUGUGAGAUAUUUUCAGAUGCAAGUUUUAGUGACUCCCAUUCUUGUAAUUAGUUGUAUCACCUGUUGUCUGCACAUACCCCUCUGUUGGGUUUUGGUGUAUAAAACAGGACUCCACAACCUUGGUGGAGCUUUUGCCAUGAGUAUUUCAUAUUGGUUGAAUGCAGUUUUUCUUGGAUUAUAUAUGAAAUUUUCUCCCAAGUGUGAAAGAACUCACGGUGCAAUUUCUAUGGAGGUGUUCAAAGGAAUUGGAGUCUUCCUUCGCUUUGCUAUCCCUUCUGCAGUAAUGACUUGCCUUAGUUGGUGGUCGUUUGAGUUGAUUAUCUUACUGUCUGGAUUUCUUCCAAAUCCAGAGCUUGAAUCUUCAGUUCUAUCUGUUUGCUUCAAUACCUUGACAACGGCAUUUACAUUAGCAUAUGGAAUCGGCAGUGCAGGAAGUACCAGAGUUUCAAAUGAACUAGGAGCUGGGAAGCCAGAAGCUGCUCGCAAAGCUGCUGGGGCAGCGAUAUUUCUUGCAGUUGUGGAGAUCAUCAUAGCGAGUGUGGUCCUCUUUGCUGUUCGUCAUGUUUUCGGUUAUGCUUUCAGCAGGGAAAAGGAAGUUGUGGAUUAUGUUGCUGUCAUGGCUCCCCUAAUUUGUAUCUCAAUCAUAUUUGAUGCCAUUCAAGGGGUCAUUUCAGGUAUUGCAAGAGGAUGUGGUUGGCAGCGUAUAGGGGCUUAUAUAAACUUAGGGGCUUUCUAUCUCUGUGGAAAUAUAGCUGCUGUAGCUCUUGGUUUCUGGACAAAUCUGAGAGGCAAGGGCCUAUGGAUUGGCAUCCAAAUUGGAGCUUUCGUUCAGAUGCUUCUACUUGUGAUCGUCUUGAGCCAUGUUAAUUGGAAAAACCAGGCAGAUGAAGCAAGGGAGAGGGUCUUUGAAGGAAGACGCUUUGUAAAUAAAUACGAGGAGCAAAGUGUUUGACGGAGGACUGAGUCUUCUGUGCAGUUGUGACCAACAAUUGCAGUUGAGAUAUAUGAAGGGGAAAGUAUAUGAUGCAAAAAACCCACAGCUAUUGGGUACUUCUAGAGUUUGUCUUACCUUUUUUUUAAUUGGACAAAGAGAUAGCUUCCUUAACCCUUUUUUCCCUCUCUCUAAGAUAGUGUGAAAUCAGAGAGGAUUUGAUGCACAAGUUAAAAAAGCAAGGGCCCUGGGUCACUUUACCAUUUGUGGUUGGAGAAGCCUUAGUUUGAUUUUGAUGCUUUUCAAGUCGGCAAAGGCAAAGAGUAAUCAUCAUUUCUGGUCGGUGGGGCAACUUAUGAUUUUCAAUGUUAUUCGUUGAAGGUUAUUAUUAUAAUAUAGUAAAGUAGAUACAUAAUUAUAUAUAUGUGUGUAUAUAUCUUGAAAUGAAGGAAAUAUGUCAAAGAAUUUAAUAUGUGAAGGCAGCAUAGAAAAUUAUUAUGUAUUAUAUAGGAAACUUAUUCCCACUCCAAAUAAUCAUACUCAACUCCAGUAUUACAAA